GGUCUCCAGGGAUUAGAACCUCAUAAUUUCCAUAGAUUAGAAACUCAGAAUAUCCAGGGAUUAGAAACUCAGAAUAUCCAGGGAUUAGAAACUCAGGAUAUCCAGGGAUUAGAAACUCAUGGUAUCCCGGGAUUAGAAUCUCAGGGAUUAGUAACUCAGGAUAUCCAGGGUUCAGAAACUCAGGAUAUCAAAGGAUUAGAGCUUCAGGAUAUCCAGGGAUCAGAGCCUCAUAAUAUCCAGGGAUCAGAGCCUCAUAAUAUCCAGGGUUUAGAAACUCAGGAUAUCCAGGAAUUAGAAACUCAGGGUAUCCAGAGAUUAGAACCUCAGGAUAUCAACGGAUUAGAACUUCAUAAUAUCCAGGGAUUAGAAACUCAGGAUAUCCAGGGAUUAGAAACUCAUAAUAUCCAGGGAUUGGAAACUCAGGGCAUCCAGGGAUUAGAACCUCAUAAUAUCCAGGGAUUAGAAACUCAGGGUAUCCAGGGAUAA